CGCAGGCUGGCGCCAGGCCUCGUUGUAUUCUGCAGGCGAACGCACGGUCAUAAGACUCUGCUAUUCAGCGUUGCGAACGUCUGCAGGCAAUGCUGCAUUUUCCUGGCUAAUAACUUUCAUAUAUUUGUCGGUCUUUAUCAUACUGGAUGUCGCCCGAUUCAGAGGCGCCAAUAGCCAUGCCAGCGGCUGCUUCAUGUGUUUCUCCAGAUAUGGCGUCUGGCACGCCUCCACCCGAUCAACAACAGGCCUUCGCUGGCUCUGAAUUGGAGCUCACUCAAGUCUCGCAAAAUGAAGAAGAACAAGCAUUGGAGACUCAUGAGGUCAUUGAGCUUCAGGCAUUUAGCGAGCGGAAAGCCUGGAUAGAGGAUAAAAUCAAAUUCUUGGAAGCACUUCCGCCCAUCGAGGUUUUCGUCGGGCUGGACGCUAUACGAACUUCUGCAGACCAUAUCCCUGGUUUACCCACGCGCGAACAACUGCAGGAAUGGCUCGCAGAACACGACAGGAUUGAGAAGGAGACGGAAAUUUUCGACUCUGGGGAGCUCAAGAAACUUAGGGCACUCACUAAAGCGGCUACACAGAGGCAUCUUUCGCCAGAAGACACUGACGUUAUUGAACUCACGCUUACGACCAUUCUUGAACUUGACAAGCUCCUCCACCUUCUGCGGGACCGCUCCGAAAACCUUGAUCUUCUGGGUAUCAGGUUGACGUGGGAAGAGCAACGCCGCGCAGCCUGGAGUAGCCGCCAGAAGAUCCUUGCAGACAUCGAGAACUUCCUCAUCACUCGUGCUAGAUGGUCACCCUCCAUUUACGAAUUCAUGGUCAAACCUGAAGAAAAACCCUCAAAUCGUCGCGGCUCUGUCGCUUCUAUGGCUUCAGAUACGUCUGUCACAUCGAAUGCUGGUUUCUCUCGCAGCGCCCGUUUCAAGCUUGCAGAACUCCUGUCACGGGAUUCGGCACAGUUUGCCGGCAGGGUAUCGUCUCUUAGGCACGGAAAGAUCGCUGCAGCUGGAAAAGCUCUGGACAAGUUGAUAGACAACAGUCGCAGGGCUGUUCCGGAGGAGCUAUUGGAUGAACAGGACAAACUUGAAGACAAAGGCAUCAACGAGAUGGAGCACAUCGGCAAAUUCGUUAUGAAUCUCGUUACACAAUGGCGGAAAGCUGAUGAAAUCUACGUCGAGACAAUGAAAGAUGAGAACUCCGCCCAAAACCUUUUGGAAGAAAUCGAAACCUCGAAGCUUUAUCACCCGACUUACCGCCAGAGUACCAGCUUCCUUUCCCGCGCAGAGACCCUUGUGAAAAGGAUUGCUGUGAGGGGCAACCCUACAUCAAGUGGCAGCACCUUCCCGCGACCAUUCCACGCUCUCUUUCCCGAUCAACAGUCAGCCAACGAACUCAUCAGUCAAACAUUGUCAUCAGAACUUGCUUCCACUUCGGAUCUGAUCGCCAAAGUUGAUUCCCUUGCUAAGGAGUACAGAGUCGGCUAUGAAGCUGUGAAGGAUGUCGAGUCCUUGUCCCGAUCUGCUGACGAGUUAAUGGCAAUCUUCAAUUCCGCCAUCGAUCGCCUUGAAAAUGGAGUCACUGCCUGUGAUGGUGAUGGCACCCCUCCUAGUCUCAUGUCAGAGGAUUGUUUGCAUCCUACGGCACAUUCCGCAUUUCUCACUUUCCUACCAUCAAUCACUCAAGAGGUGGAGCAAUCAUGCACUCAAGCCGACCAUUUACUGCGGGCCUUUCGAGUGGCACUUCUUAAUGUGGAGCGACCCGGUAUUGACCAAACAUUCAAGGAAAAUGCUGCCGCUCAGAUUGAGUCUUUGCUUGCUGUUCGCGACAAGGCCGCUAACAUUUGCGCUGACGUGAAUGCAAGGCUAGGCAGACUCCGUGUAACUAGGAGAGUUUGGUUGAUCAUGGAUGGUGUAUUGGAUGAACUGGAGGACACGCGGAGCGAGCUCGCCGACCUAAUGGAGAGAGAAAGAUGGAAACAGCAGACCGGUCGAAGUGCAGAACCUCUGACUCCGGAGACGCCACCGCAAGAUGUCCUUCCUGUACCCUCAGUGUCGUCUAGCGAAAUACUUGGUCGUUUAGAGGUUGUUCGCCAGACCCUCACAAAUGACGUGAUGCAUCCUCUGGCCACCUUAACUGGAAUGCUCGAGAAGCCCCUUGACGAAUUCCUCUCUCAUACCUCUGAAGGGUUGUUUGGCCACUUGGAAAACGUGAAUCAGAUGGUCGUCCUCCUGGAUGCUAUUCGGUCACAAUCUGCAGCCAUGACCUCCUUUCAGGACAGCAUUCAUGAGCUCCAGGUUCAGGUUGAGGACCUCAAGAUCCAUUAUGAUGCGACCAUCGAGGAAGUACUCAAUUGCCAACUAAGCGGGGUAAACUUGGCUAACACGCAGGAUCGGCUUAAAGACCAGUCAGAUGCGCUCCGUAGCACUGCCGAUGCGUUUACGAACACCGCGACUCAACGGAUACCAUUCCUAUCUCAACACACCUCCGAUCAAAGAAACGCGCCUACCAUUGUUCGGAAAAGGCUCAUCACAUUCGAUGUCCCAGCCGCCGUCGAACCUCCUUUUACGUUGCGCAGCCUUGAUGACGUCGUCCGAGGAGACUCCAAUUUGCUAGUCAUGCGUCUCUCAGGGGAUGCUGGACAUCUUCAGCUAGCAUGCAUGGCCAAAGAUACUGAUUCUGAAUUGACCUCGGUAGCUGAUGACCUGCGUGGUGUCCAUGAAGAGCUUGGCUUGCUGAAAACACUACUGGACGGCAUCUCUCGAGCAGAUGAGAAGCUUACUUCGCUGCAAGAUCUAUCAGAGCAGCUUGACAGACAUUCAUCACAGCACCGUUCUCGCUUAUCGCGUCGCCUCUCCUUCAUCCGUGAAUCGUUACGCCAAAUGGAAUCCUUACCUUGCUCGCACGAUCACCGUAUCUACGAGACUCUCAUCAUGUCCCGAAGAAGGGAGUUGAACACCUGGGCCGAUAAUGCAGCUAUGCUUCGGGGCGAGCUGGCGCGUAUCGAGGCGGCAAAAAUCAAAGAGGAACAAGAAGCGGAAGAGAGAAGGCAGGCAGAGGCGAGAGCUAGAGAAGAGGCAGAGCGCAGAGAGGCAGAGGCAAGAGCUAGAGAAGAGGCAGAGCGCAGAGAGGCAGAGGCAAGAGCUAGAGAAGAGGCAGAACGCAGGGAGGCAGAGACAAGAGCAAGAGAAGAGGCAAGAGCAAGAGAAGAGGAAGAACGCAGACAGGCAGAGACGAGAGCAGGAGAAGAGGAAGAACGCAGACAGGCAACAGCAAGAGCAAGAGAAGAGGAAGAGCGCAGACAAGAAGAAAGGAUAAAGAUUGAGCGGGAAAAAUUGGAGCGUUUGGAGGCCAAGCGACAGCAGGCUGAGACGGAGCAUCAGGCACGAGAACGCAAACGUCUUGAAGCUGAGGCUCAAAGACAGGUGGUCAUUGAGCUACAGGGAACCGAACGUGAAAACGAUGAAUCGCAACCAUUUGAAGAUGUAUUUGGGUUGCGUAUUGCUCCUUCUCCGUCACCGACGAAAACCCACCAGAGAAGUGACCUGCUGGAUAAGGUCGUCUCGCUGAGGAAACGUCUUCGUUCUAUCGGCAUCAACGAGGUCGCACGUCCCGCAGCAAACUCAAAUUCUUCCAAUCAUCUACCAACUCUGGAGCAAUACGGGAAGAUGAAUGCUCGCUUUGCGACCAUAGUCUCUGAACUAUCCGAACUUGUUAUACUGCCUUCUUCGAUAUCGUCACCUGCUGCAGAUAUGGAGUUGCGAUCAGUCAAAUCAGAAGUGGAAGCAUCUACCGAGCUGAUGCAACGAAUUCGACAAUUGGCCGACCUAUCUGACGUCGCUCAUCGCUGCGAUAUGGCUCUCAGUGACCUGCUUGAGCAUAUUGACAGCUACCCUUCUCCUCCCAUUGGACUACUCUCUAGCACGCAUGUCUCGACCCCUCGUUUGCCCCCAGAAGAACAACUCGGAGCUCGCCUUGGUUUCACGAAGCGCACUGUUGCUCAAGUAGCAGCUUAUAUAGAAUCGGUCAAGGACGAUGUUCGCGCUGAUUCUGAACACCAACGCAUUCAGCAGACAUGGGUUGAGUUGGAAGAAAUGGCCAAUGAUAGGAUUUGCGGCAAGAAAUCCCGUCCUGCUAGUGCCCUCAGCUCUGGUAGAAAUAGCAGUGCAUCUGGUAUCAGUUCUGGAGCGACUGGUCAUACCAGGAAGGCUAGUGGUUAUUCCAGUCUCUCAGUACGAGGAUCUGCCAAUGGGCGUUUCCUAGCUCCAGCCCAUCCAAGUCCCCGCCGAGUAGCGUCUGGCGAUUUCCGAGCCCGACCUCGGCCUUCCAGCAAACUUUCUAUGCUAUCUACAGGUAGCGUCUCAAGAUCAGUAUCAGGGCCGAUGGCAACGCCCUCAGCAUCGUCUUCUCUGCACAGUUCAACCUUUGCAUCUCGUCAGCGCACUACUAGUCUAUCUGGUAAUGCGCCUCCUAGCAUACCGGCGAAGCCACCUCCCGUCCCUACCCGUCCCCGGGCGCAAACACGCUCGAGGGCCUCGCCCACACCUUCAGAAGUUUCUGUCGUCGCGCGAUCCACCGCGAGUCACUCAAGGUCGUCCUCAUCUAUGUCCACUUGGGCCCGUGCACCGCGGCAGUCAUUCCCCACCGCAAACGUGGUCCAGACGCCUCCGAAGAAAACGCAACUACAAACGCGGAAGACUUACGUUGCUAACCCCAAAAACAAGCUGGACGUCGCAGUUGGAGACGUCGUCAACAAAUUACCAGUCAACAUCAAUAUCGAGGUAGUCGCCGACACUUGGAAGGAUCAAAGCGGGAAGUACUGGAUUGGUGAUCAGGAGCCAAAGUUGUGCUUUUGUCGCAUAUUGCGCUCACAGACUGUUAUGGUGCGUGUUGGUGGUGGUUGGCAAGAAUUAUCAAAGUUUAUCAAGGAUCACUUCGCAGAUAUUUUUCGUAUUAUACCUCAAGAGUCUCCUCCCAAAUUCGGCUCUCCCCGCUUUGGGUCUCGAGAAGAGAAGUGGAUUAGUUCCGCGACUUUGCUCGAAGCACCUGAAUUUGUCACUCCUCCCCCUCGUACCCCCGAACCUAGAGGUCCUUUCCUUCCUUCCUUCACGAUCUCGACGCCAGGAGCGCAUAGCCCUCAUUCAGUUAAGUCUACGCCAUCAUCGGGAUCUCCAUUGGCUCCACUUCAGUUUAUGAGGCGAGCAGAUCCAGACGCACUUCGCCCAGUAACGCCAUCAAAACCAUAUCGACCUCGAACAAGCAUUCCUAACACCCCAGCUCGGCAUAAUCUAUGGAGGCCAUGAUAAUCCUACAUUUCUUCUACUCGCAUAUUAUUGGACUGAUUCUACUCUCGAUACCUCCCUCAUCUACUCUUAACUAUUAUAUUCGUGUUUCAUGGAUCAAAUACACAAUUGCUGAUACUACCAGUUUUCUUGUUAUGUAUUCGUUGUGUUGUUUAGGCCUUAGGCUUUGUUGACGUUGCAGCUCUGGUUUAUAAUGCACAUUGUAGGCACGUACGAUUGGCUC